AGCGAGUUUACCAUAUCUUAAACCGACCACAUAUGUUUGCAUUUGUUUCAUGUAAGGCUUCACUUCAGCACGUAGAUAUGCAUAAUCUGAUGAUGGGUAGUCAAAAUACAAAGAUUUCUUUUCUUUGUUUCAUUUUUUUCAUAAUUUUAUUGGAUACAUGUUCAGGUGACUGUUUUCAACAGACUGCUAAACCAGGACAGGAAAAUACUCAACUAACCAUGAGCUUCGCAUGGGAUGUCAUGGAACAGACAUUUUCCAAUGUUACGAAAAACAGACCCUCAUAGGACGGUGUGUUGCGCUAACUAUGGCUUCUUGUUCUAUAGAACCACAACACGUAGGCAUUUACAAAAUGAGUUCUACUCAUGACCUGAAGUCCGUCACCAUCACCAUUAUAACGUUCACUGAGACGCUUUCAGGAAAUUACAGCUGCUUCAAGACAAACGACGAAUAUAGAAAAACUAUUUGCUUAACAGCAGAACCACCAGUUUUAUCGUCAGCCUCUUCGACAGGUCUAGUGGUCAGAGAAAUUGUUGGCAUCGUUCUUGGUGCCUUUGCGGCGAUUGCAAACAGUAUCAACUACUCUAGCGUUUUCUAGCAUAUUGGUCACCAAGAUGAAGAUGUAUUAUAUGUCGUGAAAUAGUCUUUUACUAACAAUCUGUUUAAUGAAAUGUAUAGAAAUGUAUAUAUGAAGUUUCGUUGAUAUAGACAUUA